CGCCUCCCCACCCGCCCUCACUCCCUCCUUGCCGCCCGCGGAGCCGCCGCCGAGCUCAGCGCCCCGGAGCCGCGGGGCGGAGGCGAUGGCCACCGUAGUGGUGGAAGUGGACUCGGAGCCCUCCUGCAGCAUCCCCAACCCGACCUCCACCUCGCCCAGUCUCUCCCACCGCUUCCUAGACAGCAAGUUCUACCUGCUGGUGGUCAUCGGCGAGCUGGUGACCGAGGAGCACCUGCGGCGGGCCAUCACCAAUAUCGAGCGAGGAAUCCGAUCAUGGGACACAAACUUGGUCGAAUGCAACUUGGAUCAAGAACUGAAACUUUUUGUGUCUCGCCAUUCAGCUCGAUUCUCUCCCGAAGUUCGAGGUCAGAAGAUUCUUCACCACAGAAGUGAUGUCUUAGAAACUGUAGUCCUCAUCAAUCCCUCAGAUGAAGCAGUUAGUACUGAGGUGCGCUUAAUGAUCACAGAUGCUGCAAGACAUAAGCUCCUGGUUCUAACUGGUCAGUGUUUUGAAAAUACAGGAGAACUCAUUCUUCAGUCAGGAUCCUUCUCUUUCCAGAACUUCAUUGAGAUCUUCACAGAUCAAGAGAUUGGUGAAUUGUUGAGCACCACACACCCUGCCAACAAAGCCAGCCUAACUCUUUUCUGCCCCGAGGAAGGGGACUGGAAAAACUCUAACCUUGACAGACACAACCUUCAAGACUUCAUUAACAUUAAACUCAACUCAGCUUCCAUAUUGCCUGAGAUGGAAGGACUCUCUGAAUUCACAGAGUAUCUGUCAGAAUCAGUAGAAGUGCCAUCACCUUUUGACAUUUUGGAACCUCCAACCUCAGGAGGUUUCUUGAAGCUCUCCAAACCCUGCUGUUACAUUUUCCCAGGAGGAAGAGGGGAUUCUGCAUUGUUCGCAGUGAAUGGAUUCAAUAUGCUUAUCAAUGGAGGAUCCGAAAGAAAAUCUUGUUUUUGGAAACUUAUCCGGCACUUGGACAGAGUAGAUUCCAUUCUGCUCACUCACAUCGGAGAUGACAAUCUGCCAGGAAUCAAUAGCAUGCUUCAGCGAAAGAUAGCUGAACUAGAAGAGGAACAGUCUCAAGGGUCUACUACCAACAGUGACUGGAUGAAAAAUCUGAUCUCACCUGAUUUAGGAGUUGUGUUCCUUAAUGUACCUGAGAACCUGAAGAACCUGGAUCCUAAUUUUAGGGUAAAAAGGAGUGUAGAAGAAGCUUGUUUUACUCUCCAGUAUUUAAAUAAGUUAUCUAUGAAACCAGAACCUCUCUUCAGAAAUACAGGAAAUACCAUUGACCCUAUCAUUUUAUUUCAGAAAAUGGGAGUUGGCAAACUUGAGAUGUAUGUGCUUAAUCCUGUCAAAAAUAGCAAAGAGAUGCAAUAUUUUAUGCAGCAGUGGAGUGGUACUAACAAAGAUAAAGCUGAAUUCCUGCUACCAAAUGGCCAAGAGCUAGACAUUCCAUUAUCCUAUUUCACCUCUGUCUCAUCCCUGAUUGUGUGGCAUCCAGCUAAUCCUGCAGAAAAAAUAAUCCGAGUUCUCUUUCCUGGAAACAGUACCCAGUAUAAUAUUCUAGAGGGACUAGAAAAACUCAAACACUUGGACUUCCUUAAACAACCAAUGGUUACACAAAAAGACCUAACUGGGAACAUUGCUAGUCCAGCUGUGAAACAAGCGAAAUUGAAACAACGAACAGAUAGCAAGGAGAGUCUGAAGCCUGCUGCAAAGACACCACCAAAUAAGCCUGUCAGAAAGGAAUCUAAAGAAGAAACACCAGAGCCUGUGAAGCCUAGCCCAGUACCAGAAAAGCCUCAGAAGCUGGAAAGCAAAGAAAAAGUUCCAGUUAAAAAAGAAAAACUAACAAAAGUAGAGACCAAAUCAAUAGUGGUGGAAAAAGACAUAUCAAGUAAGGAAGAGCAACUAGUAAAAUCUGAAGUUCCUGAAAAACAAAGUACAGAUGUAAAACCAAAAAUGUCAAAGGAGAAGACAGUAAAAAAGGAAGUCAAAGCAAAACCCGAAGAAAAGAAAGAGGACAAAGAAAAACCAAAGAAAGAGGUUUCUAAAAGAGAAGAGAAAACCCCCAUCAAAAAAGAGGAAAAACCAAAAAAAGAAGAGAUCAAGAAAGAAGUUAAGAAAGAGGUGAAAAAGGAAGAGAAGAAGGAAACUAAGAAGGAAAUAAAGAAAGAAGCUUCAACAAAAGAAGUUAAAAAAGAAGCUAAAAAAGAAGAGAAGAAGGAAAUCAAGAAGGAAGACAAAGAAGCCAAAAAGGACAUCAAAAAGGUUCCUAAAGAAACAAAGAAGACAGCUACUCCUUCAAAUGAAGCCAAAAAAACAGCCGCAAAGCCUAAACCACAAAAGAAGGAGGAGCCUGCUAAAAAAGAAUCUAUACCUGCUGGAAAGCCAAAGGAAAAAGGAAAAGUAAAAAGUGUGAAAAAGGACCUCAAAGUCAGUGGAGCACAAGCUGCCCUUGCAGCUGUUGGAGCUGCAACUGUUGCAGCUGCAGAAAUUACAGCUGGUGGAAAGGAGCUUGAAGCAGAGAGAUCCCUUAUGUCUUCACCAGAAGAUUUAACAAAGGAUUUUGAGGAAUUAAAAGCUGAAGAAGUAGAAACAAUAAAAGAAACAAAAUCUCAAGUUGCACUUAUAAAGGAUGAUCUGAAACUUACUGGUACAGUACAAAAAGACACCUUUGAAGUACAAAAAGAAAAAUUGGAUAAUGAAGGACCUGCUGAGUCAUCUGAUGAAGGCAUAACUACCACAGAAGCUGAGGGUGAGUGUGAACAGACACCUGAAGAAUUGGAACCUGUGGAAAAACACAAAGUUGAUGACAAUGAAAAAUUUGAAGAUGAGGGAACUGGCUUGGAAGAAUCAUCUGAAGCAGAUUAUGAAGAAAAGGCAGAGACAGAAGAAGCUGAAGAACGAGAUGAAAAUGAAGUAGAAAAAACACAUCUGGAUGCCACAAAAUCAUAUAUGGAAGAACCAAGAAAAAUUCCAGGUGGCUCAGAAAAACUAAUGACUGAAGUAGAUACUAACCUAAAAGACGAAAAGUAUAUUGAAAAGGCAGAUUAUGAGACAUCCGAUGAACGAGCUGAAGAAGACAGGGAAGAUGCAAUAGAAAAGGCAGAAACUGAAGAGACUGAAGAAGAUGAGGAAGACAAAGCAGAAGACAUUAGAGAUGAAGAGGAAACUGAAAAAACAGAAGCUGAAGAAGAUUACGUGAUGGCUGUGGUCGACAAAGCUGCAGAAUCUGGUGAAGCUGAGGAUAAGUAUGGCUUACUCAUAAUUACACCAACUAAACGCUCAGAGUCUCAGUCUCCAGUGAUUGAACCAGCUUCUUCUAUCCAUGAUGAGACACUACCUGGUGGUUCAGAAAGUGAAGCCACUGUUUCUGAUGAAGAAAAUAGAGAAGAUCAACCUGAGGAAUUCACUGCUACUUCAGGUUACACACAGUCCACCAUUGAAAUAUCCAGUGAACCAACUCCCAUGGAUGAAAUGUCAACACCCCGAGAUGUCAUGAGUGAUGAAACUAACAAUGAGGAAAGUGAGUCACCCUCUCAGGAGUAUGUGAACAUUACCAAGUAUGAGACAUCACUAUACUCUCAAGAGUUCAGCAGAGCUAAACUUUCUCCACUUCCAGAUGCUUUUAAUGGGUUGUCUGAGGGAUCCAAAACAGAGGCCACAGAAGGUAAGGAUUAUAAUGCCUCAGCUUCCACCAUCUCACCACCCUCUUCAUUAGAAGAAGACAAAUUCUGUAAAUCUGCAUUCCAAGAUGUAUACCGGCAAAGAGAAACUGAAAUCCAAGCCACUGACAAAUUAGAAAUCAAAGAACCCUAUCAAGAAGAUGGUGGAAAACAUAGUUCAGCCAAGAGUCCAGCUGACAGUUUGUCCCCUCCAUCACCUGUUGCCAAAACACCACUGAGUGAACGCAGUGUGAAUUUUUCGCUCACUCCCAAUGAGAUCAAGGUUCCUUCUGAGUCUGUCCCCACUGCUAAAUUGCCUGAUGUACACCAAGAAGUUGCUGAAGAGCACUGUGCAAGCCCCGAAGAUAAAACAUUAGAAGUAGCAUCUCCAUCACAGUCUGCUGCUGGUAGUGCUGGCCACACACCUUACUAUCAGUCUCCCACUGAUGAAAAGUCCAGUCAGCUUCCCUCUGAAACCAGUGAAAAGUCUACAGAAGCUCCUGUUAGCUUUGAGUUCAGUGAAGUCAAAGAUGAGUCUGCAAAAUGCAGAAUAAGCCCUAUGGAUGAGCCUGUACCAGAUUCAGAAUCUCCUAUUGAAAAGGUUCUCUCACCUCUGCGGAGUCCUCCACUGAUAGGUUCAGAGACCACCUAUGAUACAUUUUUGAGUGCUGAUUUAAAGUCUUCCACCAGAGAUUAUGGAAGUCCUUCUGAAGGGAAACCUGAAAAAGACAAAUCACCUGUUCAGAUGAGCCCAGCUUCUGAAGCAAGCUCUGUGGGCCUCUUCCAAGAAAAACAAGAUGAAAAAAGCAUGGAAUUUAUGGUAAUUAAGGAAGGCUUCAGCCUGGAAAGGAAAAUGGAGGAUACAGAACCCAGCAGCUCCCAGUCUUCACUGGUCUUGGAUGAGCGGAAGUUAGCAGGUGAUCUCUCACCAACUCAAAUAGAUAUCAGUCAGUUUGGUUCUUUAAAAGAAGAUACCAAAAUGUCAAUUUCUGAAGGCACUGUCUCUGACAAGUCUGCAACUCCUGUUGAUGAGGUUGUUGCAGAAGACACCUAUUCCCAUAUAGAAGGAGUAGCUUCUGUCUCUACAGCAUCUGUUGCCACUAGUUCAUUUCCAGAACCAACUACCGAUGAUGUAUCUCCUUCUUUGCAUGCUGAAGUUGGUUCUCCACACUCUACUGAAGUUGAUGAUUCCCUUUCAGUGUCAGUUGUACAAACACCAACAACUUUUCAGGAAACAGAAAUGUCUCCAUCUAAAGAAGAGUGCCCAAGGCCUAUGUCAAUUUCUCCACCAGAUUUCUCACCUAAAACUGCAAAAUCAAGAACACCAGUGCUUGAUCAUAGAUCUCCUGAGCAGUCAGCUAUGUCAGUAGAAUAUGGUCGGGAGUCACCUGAGCAGUCUUUAGCAAUGGAUUUUAGUAGACAGUCUCCAGAAUAUCCUGCUGUAGGCACUAGUGUACACCAUAUAUCUGAAAACGGUCCCACGGAAGUAGAUUAUAGCCCUUCCGAUAUACAAGAGUCUCCUUUUGCACAGAAGAUUUCACCUGUGGAACAGUCAUCUUACUCUCAAGAGAAAGAUAUUUCAGAAAUUAUUUCAGUUUCUCAAAUUGAAGCUUCAUCUUCAACUUCAUCAGCUCAUACACCUUCACAGGUAGCUUCACCACUGCCAGAAGAAACUUUUUCAGGUGGUAUUCCACCCAGAGAGAUGUCACUGCAUUCUUCUUUUACCUCAGAAAAAGUACAGAGCCUGGGAGAAAAGUUGUCACCAAAAUCUGACCUGUCUCCACUAACUCCAAGGGAAUCUUCUCCCCUGUAUUCUCCUACUUUUCCAGAUUCACCUCCUGCAAUCACAGAAGCAGUGUCAGCUAGUCACACACCUUUGUUGUCACAGAGAGUGUCUUCUGUCAAAGCCUUUGGUUAUCAGGAACCCCUGUCAAAGCACAGUCCAGAGCCUUUAUUCAGCCCAGAUAAAGAAGAUUCAGAGAAAAGCAGCAGGUCACCAGAAGAACUUAGUUAUUCAUAUGAGGCCAGAGAGAAAACUACGAGGUCACCAGAGAGUAUCAGCUAUUCCUAUGAGGCAGUUGGAAAAUCUACUAGAUCCCCUCAAGGCAUGGAUUAUUCCUAUGAGACAAGCAGAAAAACUACCAGGUCUCCUGAGACCACAGAUUAUUCCUAUGAGAUAACCAGGAACACUACUAGGUCACCCGAGGGUACAGACUAUUCAUAUGAGAUAAUUGCAAAAAAUAUGAGGUCAUCUGAGGUCACAGAUUAUUCUUAUCAGGUAACAGGGAAAACCACCAGGUCACCAGGGGCCACAGAUUAUUCUUAUGAGACAGCUGGGAAAACUGCCAAAUCACCUGAAGCCACAGAUUAUUCCUAUGAGUUAACUGGGAAAGCUACUAGAUCACCUGAUGCAAUGGAUUAUUCCUAUGAGGCAACAAGGAAAACCUCUAAGUCACCAGAAGCUGUUGGCUACUGCUAUGAGACAACUGGGAGAACCACCAGGUCAUCAGAGGCCAUGACUUACUCUUAUGAGACAACUGGGAAAGCCUCCAGUUCACCUGAAGCCACAGAUUACUCAUUUGAGACAACUGGGAGAGCUACCACUGGGAGGUCACCUGAAGCUACCAGCUAUUCCUAUGAAGCAAGUGCACAUUUUACUCCAAGUAAAUCAUUAGCAGAAUCCCGUCAAGAUGUUGACUUAUGCCUUGUGUCCUCUUGUGAAUAUAAGCAUCCCAAGACUGAACUUUCACCUUCAUUUAUCAACCCAAAUCCACUUGAGUGGUUUGCAAAUGAAGAACAGUCUCAAGAUCAAGAGAAGCCACUAACUCAGUCUGGGGGAGCUCAGCCUCCUUCUGGGGGAAAGCAGCAAGGGCGGCAGUGUGAUGAAACUCCUCCCACAUCUGUGAGCGAGUCUGUCCCAUCUCAGACCGAUUCAGACGUUCCUCCAGAGACUGAGGAAUGCCCUUCCAUCACUGCAGAUGCUAACAUUGACUCAGAAGAUGAGUCGGAAACCAUUCCAACGGACAAGACAAUUACGUACAAACACAUUGACCCACCACCUGUCCCAAUGCAGGAUCGCAGCCCUUCCCCCAGGCACCCUGAUGUUACCAUGGUUGAUCCAGAGGCUCUGCCAGUUGAACAGAAUUUAGGCAAACCUUUGAAGAAGGACCUCAAAGAAAAGUCAAAGACAAAAAAGCAGGGUACAAAGACCAAGUCAUCUUCUCCUGUUAAAAAAAGUGAUGGUAAACCAAAACAAGUGGCUUCACCAAAGCCAGCUACAAAAGAAUCUUUAGACAAAAUUUCCAGAACAGCUUCUCCAAAAAAGAAGGAAUCUGUGGAGAAGACAACCAAAAAUAUCUCUAAUCCAGAGGUAAAGUCUCGAGUGGAAGAGAAAGAUAAGGAUACCAAGAAUGCAGCAAAUACAACAACAUCCAAGUCGGCAAAGACUGCAACCACAGGACCUGGGAAUACUAAGGUGGCAAAAUCUACAGCAGUGCCUCCAGGACCUCCAGUGUAUUUGGAUCUGGUGUACAUUCCCAACCACAGCAAUAGCAAGAAUGUUGAUGUUGAGUUUUUCAAGAGGGUGCGGUCAUCCUACUAUGUGGUGAGCGGGAAUGAUGCUGCAGCCGAGGAGCCAAGUAGGGCUGUUCUGGACUCCCUGCUGGAGGGCAAGGCACAGUGGGAGAGUAACAUGCAGGUGACUUUAAUCCCAACCCAUGACUCAGAAGUGAUGAGGGAAUGGUACCAAGAGACCCAUGAGAAACAGCAGGAUCUCAACAUCAUGGUUUUGGCAAGCAGCAGCACUGUUGUUAUGCAAGAUGAAUCUUUUCCUGCAUGCAAGAUUGAACUGUAAGAACAAGACCGUGCAUCACAAGAUUAAACUUUGUUUCCAGAAAUUCUUCAGUUUGAAAACACCUUUCCUGAAAAUUCAAGUCAUCUAUUUUAACUGCUCAACUAUAUACCUGCCAAAUGCUAUACUAUGUCACAGUGAUGCAAGUCACUAAUAUUUUUCAGUCUUUGUUGGUUGCUAAGGGAAAUAACAGUCUUCCCAUAGUAGAGUACAAAUUACUGCGAAAAUACAGAUCCAAUUGCAUCAACAUUUUAAAACCAUGCACUCUAGCAACCCCAAUUGACUUUUGCCAGGUAGAGGCGUUUGCCCUCUAAAGAAACACAAAGAAAGUAAGAGAGAGAGGGGUAGGAGGAGAAAGUAGUAUAUAUUAGGUCUGCAUUAGUCUCAUGGCAAUAGAUGUAUCGCUUACUACAGUCUGCUUAUGUUCUCACAUGAGAAGAAAGUUUUAAAUUUUUAUCAAUAUGAGCUAUCACUAUGGGGAUCCUUUUUUUAAAGAAUUAAGUUAGCUCAAAAAAAAAAAAAAAAAAAAAAAAAAAAAAAAAAAAAAAAAAAAAAAAAAAAAAAAAAAAAGAGAACAUGGCUAGGAAGGGAUGUAUGACCUAAUCACUCAUCAGCAGCUUUUCACUUUAAUUUGAGCUCUGCAUACUGACACACCGUAACAAUCACAGGCCAAAUAUGCACGUAGCCUGCACCCCAUCCAGAAGUGUAAAAUCUUUCUUAGAACAUGCAGAAUUGUUGAUCUAAGGCAUGCUUCCAGCAAAAACCCGCUCACUCCAGCCAGAACUGACCAGUCCACAUGCUUGAACACCCAUGUCCACUGUCGAUUAACUGAAGCAAAAUACCAAAGCGGUCAGGAGUACAUACAGUAGACAAUUUGCCUUAGAAAGUGACUUGAAUGUACAAAGAAACUUGAUGCACUUAUUUUUUAAUGCUGAGACAGCAAAUUUAUAAAACAUCUGUGUAGGAUCAUAGUUACACCAGUAAAGAAGCGUGAGUGUGCAUGUGUGGUAUUAGGAACUUAUCUGACUGGUCAAAUGGUUUGGUGCUCUGAAUUACAUAUAUUAGUUAAGUGAACACUUCAUAGAUGCACCUGGACAGCUCAACAAGGCAAGAUGAGUUUUUUUUUGAAGGCUCCUUUCAUACUGUGGAAGCAAGAUUGAAGUGGUGUCCAGUAUCAGAGUUACAAAACUUAGUGAAACAUUCAGAUUGAUUGACAAGGUUACCUGUGAGCCUGUACAAUAUUCAGCCUUCCUUUGUCUUACCUGAUUUUAUUUGUUUAAUUUAAGAGGGAACAAAUGUACAGAAGCCUUUCUUUUUAGUGCUGCAUGAACUUUUAAUACAUUAUUUGUAAUAAACACUUUCAUUUACAGGUAAAUGCAAAGAAAAUUUUUUCCGGUGAAGGCAUUCUUUUUAGUAGUUUCGUAAGAUAAAUGAGUAGUGUUGUUUAAGAUUCUAGUGAGAAUGGAUAUUGAGGUAAAAUUUAUUGAAAAGAGUCAACUGUCAAUACCUUUUUCAGGAAACAGGUAUGGAAAGAUACUCUCAUAAAAUUAUUCUGUUGAUGAUGACAGAAAAUUGGAUUUGAGAAGUUGAUUGCCCAAUAUUUAAAAGGUUGUAACCUACAUUAUUAAUCCUUACAAGAUCUUGAAAAAGGAUAGAACAAGCAAUAAGCUAAAAUAAGUCCCUUCUCUUCCCUUUUCCUUCCCUUGUCUUCCCCUUUGCUUUCUUCUUUCCUCUAUUCUUUCCUUUCCUCCUUCUCUUUCCUUUACUCCUCUCUCCUCCUCUCAUUUCCUCUUUUUUUACUCUUUCACUUCCUUUCCUCUUCCUUUCCUUGCCUCUUCCUUUAUUAUUCUUUUUUCUUCCUUUCCUUUCCUUCUUUAUGUUUCCCUUCUUUUCCUUCUCUAGACUGCUUGCAGAGGAGCAGCACCACCUCUGUGAUUUAAGACAGUUUGGAUAUUUUCGUCUCAGAAAUUUUACCCCAGUUUAAAAGAUCUUGUUACAUUGCAGAAGGUCUUCAAAUCUGAAUUUGAGAAGGUGUAAAGGCCUACAGCACAGACUUAUGUGCUGGUUGUAUGAAUCACCAUUAUGGCUGGCAUUAAGUUUUACAAUGUAGUGAAUUAUGACCUCAUUUUAUUUUCUCUUCUUAUAAUUUAUUUCAAUUUUAUAUUGUUAGGAUGUUUUUGUUUAAUAGGUGUAUGUUUGCACUCCUAAUUUUUAUGAGGGUUUUUUAAUACUGGUUUAGGGUCUUGUAAAUGUGGGCUUCUCAUGCCCAUUUAAUGCUGUGAAUUACUGUUGUCAGUGGCUGGGGUUUUGAUUUAUUUUUAAUGUCUUCUCUUUUUUUAGGUUUCUCUAGCAAUGCUGUUUUAUUUAUUGCUAUACCUUUUAAGUAGUUAAGAAUAACUCAGAGUUACUAUGGCACAAAAGGCAGAUGGAAAUGUAUUGUGAAAACAAGCAUGUUUGCUGGGCUCAUGUCAUUCACUUAAGAAUGCUUUUGUAAUACAUAGUCUACAAAGAUAUGUGGUAUCUUUGCAGACUAUGUUGUAUCAUUUUGCAGAUAUGUUCUGCAAAAUUUUUGGCAGAACAGUUGUACUGUUUCUACAAUUCUUUCUUAUUUGUGUAUUUUAUUAUAUCGGUCAGAAUUCAAACCUUUUGAGUGGGUAGGAACAGAUUUCCUGGUUUUCUGACAACACCUGAAAUGGUUUGUAUCUCUGCUUUGGUAGAAAAUUGUUUUAAGUACACAAGUGAUUUUGUGACUAAUCACACUUAUGCCACUCACUCCUGUGAAUCAGGAGCAAUUCUACUCCUGUCAGGGAAAUUACAGUCAUCUGAUCCUACUGUAAAUUAAAUUGGAAUCAAGCCUUAAAUAUGCCCAAGCAAGUUUAUGAUGGCUGAAGCAUUUGUUUUACUUCUGAAAUAAUAAUAAUAAUUAGACAGUUACAUAUACAUUUGCUUUUUUUGCUGCUACAAGAAUAUUAAAACCCUGGUCUGGCUAUUCUGAGGUAUUGUAAUGCCUGUUCCAUCCACUCCCUUCCAAAUGGCAAUGGCACCUAGAUUCAACACAGCAAUGAGCUCCUCCAUUGGCUCCUCUUGCCCUUAAUGACUUUCCUGCCUGUGGAUCUAAUCUACCUGUGCUAAUCCUAGUACUACACAACUAGUUUAGUGUAAGUCAUCAAAAUGUACUAUGUACAUUAACGAUGAGUGCUGUUGAUCAGCAUAGAUUUCUAGGAGCAUGGUUUGUUAUUGAUUACUCUAAUUGUAAAGAUUCAAUACCUGAGUGCAAAGAACACUCCAUUUCAAUGAUGGUAUUACCCAUAACAGCAUUCCCAGUCAUGAUCUUUAUGCUAUUAAUAUAAUGCUUCAUAUAAUUCAAUGAAGAAUUAACUUUGGGGAUCCCAUCCCACUCUUGAACUUGGACAGGGCCUCUCUUGCAUGCCUUUUCAAAGUCCUGUGGUGGGCCUGACUCAUUGACCUCUAUUUUCACCUCAUCUUUCAUAGAAAUCAUUUUUGAUUUUUUUUUUACUUAUUUUACAUACUGUGGUGAAUGGAGAUAACUGUGUAUAUGAAUGUUCGGGUUUUUUUAAUUGUCUAUGAUAGCUUAUGCAUUUUAGGAGAGUUCUGGUACUCUUUUACUAAGAUUUAAUAAAUUUGUUAAUUGAAUUUUCAAUCCCUCCCAACACAAGCAAAUGAGUUCCAAAGAGCACUUGCUGUGCAUUUGGAGCAUUUCUGUCAUGCGCUUCUCUUUGUUCAUCUGUCGCCAGAGGUUCUUGCUCAGUAAUGAUGUUUUUGAGAGAAAUAGUAAUUUUCUUGAUCUGGAUUUACUAGAAUAUGAAAAAAUAUAAUGUUUACACUUGAAAGGAAAGCUUUCAUCUUUUCACUUAAUUGAACAAAACACUAAAAUCAACUAGGGGAAAGCAUUUAUUAGACUGCAAUUAUAUUAUUCACCUGGUAUAAAAAUGUUUGCUAUUUAAAAUUUAAAAAAAAUAAAGAAAAAGCUUGUUUGUUGUGACUUUUCAAAAAAAAUCCUGAAAAAGAAGUGUAACUAAAUAAAACAAUGGCAUAAAAUAUAGAAAGAAACAAAUUUAAGGAGCAGCUUCUCUCUACUAGGCUAAGAGCUCCAGAAGGCAGGAGCUACCUCUUCAAGACUGGGCUGUAAUCUCAAUGUAAAAGACAAAAUCUGAAAUAUGCUUUCACGCAUUUGCAUGCAGCCAUUAUCUUCCAAACUAUGGAAAGAAAGUCUUGUGGCUGGCUGAGAAGCACCUCACACACCUCCUCUCUUGUUCUGAAUGGUGUUUGUGUCAGUCUGCAGCUGUGUAUGGUAUUAUGUCUUAUAAUCCUGCAUCACUUCUAUUCUAUCCAGUCAUAUCUAAUGUAGAAAAUUAGUUUCCAGUGAAAGUAAUAUGUAGUGCUUUUAUGAUAUUUGUGUGCAAUAUCCCCUCUUCCAUUGAGGAUAUUUGAUGUAAAGGAAUCAAACUCAGUUCCACAAUAAAAUACAAAAGUGGUAAAGUGG